ACCCCGCCCCUCUCCUAGGGCCCCGAACACCUCCCCGGAGUUCCCUCUCCUCCUCCAGGCCCCCCAAUGCCUCCCCGGGGCCCCCUCUCCCUGCCCAUCGGCCAGGCCCCCCAACACCGCCCCAGAGCCCCCUCUCCCAGCCUGUCCGCCGGGCCCCACAACGCCUCCCCGGAGCCCCCUCUCCCUGCCCGUCUGCCAGGGCCCCCAACACCUCCCCGGAGCUCUCUCACCCGACCCCUCUGCCAAGCCCCCCAACGCCUCUCUGGAACCCCUGCCCCCCCAUUUGCAAGCCCCCCAACACUUCCUCGGAGCUCCCUCACCCUGCCCAUCUGCCUGGCCCCCCAAUGCCUCCCCAGAACCCCCUCUCCGCCAAGCCCCCCAACGCCUCCCCGGAGCCCCCUGACCCUUCUCCUCCACCAGGCCCUCCAACGCCUCCCAGGAGCCCCCUCUCCCCACCCCGUUGCCAGGCCCCCCAACGCCUCCCUGGAGCCCCCUCUCACCUGCCCUCUGCCAGGCCCCCCAACACCUCACCAGAGAACCCUACCCUGACCCUCCACCACGCUCUCCACUCCACCCUGUUGAUACCUCCCAUCACCCCACCCAUCCACCAGGCCCCUCUGCCAGCCCCUCUGCAUGCCUCUCCAGAGCCCCCCACAUGCCUCUGCCAUACCUCCUCCCCCCAGCACCUCCCCAGACCCUUCUGAGACCUCACACCUCAUGGUGGGGGGGCUGACCCACCCCCCACCCAAAACACCCUGGAACUGUCUGGCAGAUUUAGCUGGUGGGAGCCCUGGGCUAUCCCUACCUCCUUCACCCUUCUUUGAGGACAGGGCAUGACCCUGCCCCAGAGUCCGCUUAAGGCUCAGAGAAAGCGGAUGGGGUGUAUUUUACUGCAUCGCCAGCGCUAUGGCAGGGUGCUGUGCUUGGCCCUAGGAGAUGGUCCGUACGGAAGUCUGCUUCUGCCCUGGGCUCUGUACUGCCCUGUCCCAGUACCAGUGAGCUUCCAUCAGGCCUAGUUUAUGAAAUCCAUUCUGGGUGUGAAUUAUGUAGGAGUCUCAGGAUUUCUAGACCCUGCACUUUGCCCUCAGUCCUGUAUCCUCCCAUUUAUUUCUCUUACCAUACAUGUAUAUUUAUUUUAACUGUAAUAGGAGCAUAGACUGUAUAGGGAGAAAAAUCUCUAUGCUGGUGGUUUUACAGGUCAAUCCAGCUAUCUUCACCGCGUUGGGCUCUGCUCUAUCCCUCAGCUUUAUACACCAAGGUCUGAUUCUAGGUUACUUUGUCAUUGGUAAACAGUUAAAAGCAUCUGCCUACCAGCCACAUGAACUGGGAUACACAGCUCAACUCCAUAUUGACUGCAACAGACAGCAAUGUGGCUAAAAUAAAGCAGCGUCUGAACACAAUCAGCAUCUCUUCCAAAGUGGAUUUGCUGCUGGACAGAAUAAACACUGAGAAGGUUGCAUUUGAUGAGUCUCUGGCUGGAUCUCGGCAACCGUGUCCUACCUGCCUAAGUCUUCCACACUGCAGGAUGGCAACAGAGGAGCUUGCAACCAUCAGCAGUCAGCUGCAUUCGCAAGCUAAGGUCAUUGAGUCUCUCACCCAGUCAGUAAAUCGACUGAAGCAAGAGAAGGAGCUCCAGCAACAGCAGAUCCAUAAUCUGGAAGAGGAGGUUGGUCGAUUGCAUAACAGCCCUCAGAGUGGCUUGGAGUCCCUGCUGGGGCGGAGAAUGGAAGGGCUGAAGAGCGAGCUUCGUAACUUGCGACAGCAAGUGUUUCACCAGCCGGAUGGAGAUUGCACCCCGGAUCCGUAUCCCAGCUCCAGCGUCAUGCAGGAGGUGCAUGAGAGCAAAAAGCUCCUGUGGCGCGAAUAUGAGUGUGUGAGGCGAGAGGUGGAUCAACUGAAGCACAAGCUCAACCGACAGGAGGAGGAUCUAGUCACUCAGAUGUCUGAAACUGAUGAAAUGAAGAGAACUCAAAGUCGAUACUGCAAGAUGCUGGAAGAUUUGAUGAACAGUCACAAAGCUCAAUCUGAUGACUUGGACAAAGCGAGGUUCGAGACGCGGAGCACCCAGCAGGAGCUCGGCCACAUCAAAUCCACGGUCACUGACCUGAAAGACCAAAUGAAAAAUCUGCCCUUGGAAGAGAAGUCAUACACUAAGCCUGUAGGAAAGGAAAGUGCUCAUGGGAUGGAAAGCAAUGAUUUGUUGAGAGAAGAGGAGAUAUUUUCUUCCUCCCUGAGUGAUGAUUCUGCCUCUGAGCUCAGUCUCACAGAUGUCAGCUCGGAUGAGCUCUCUAGUGCCACAGAGAUUAAGGAGCCUGAAGGAUCCAAAGAACUCUCCACCCCAAGCCUGGAGCUGGAGGACAGCACCCCCAAGGAGGAGGAUGGAAGCAUGUCGGAUGAGGACCUCAGCAGUGACCUGUUUGACAGUCUGCCUGAACUUAAUCUGAGUGAUCUUUAAUGCUUAGCCAAAGAAAGCCCCCCUCUGUCAAAUAAGAAAAAUUAAAGAUGGAAAGGGAAUUGGCAUCUCAAAAUGGACAGGCUCCUCUUCUGAACUGUCAGCCACUUGGGCGGCUGGGGGUGGAGGGGUGUUGCAGUGGCCCAAAGUGAUCCCUUUGCGGGGAGACGGGCUCUGCACAGCCUGGUAUCAGGCAAUCAGCACCUCCACUGACUUUGACUUUCAAGUACUCCAGAAGAAACCGAUUCGGCUGUGUAUUCCUGAGCUUCAGGUUGUAAGAUUUGUUCUAAUUCUGUUAGCUCAAGUGCUGGGCACAUAUAUGGAGACCUGCUCUACCCUCUCUGCAUGGGUGGGGAACAGAGCCCUAGUCGGUGAUCAUAAAUUUACUUAGAUAAGGGCCAAGAAGCCUCUAAGUGGCAGCUGAGUUUGCCAGGUGCUGGUAAAUCCCUUCCCACUCAGGUAAUUGAAGUGGUUUAAAAAGCUCCAUUCUUGGAACAGUGUUUUCAUGUCAAUCAUAAAGGGAAAAUUGCUUUAAUACAGGAGACGACAGCCGAAAUGGAGAGAGGCUGCGGCCUAAAAUCCUGCAAUUCCCAUUCUUCAGGCCUUGCACGUCUCGGGUGUUUUAAAUAAAGUUUUCCUAAGUAAUUA